UUGGACGUUGCUUGGACUGUUUUAAGACUAUUUUGUUUGACAAUGAGAACUCUGCUGCUCUGUUCUGCUCUGUUCGUGGUGGCUGCUUGGGCUGCGGACACGAGUGACCUGAUCUCCCAGGAAUCAAAUGUGGAGUACAACGGCAAAUAUCACUAUCACUAUGAACUCGCCGAUGGCUCCAAGGCCACACAGGACGGCCUCCUGAAGGCGGUGAAUGCCGAGCACGAUGGCGAAGCGGUCCAUGGCAAAUACUCGUUUGUGUCCGACGACGGCCAGACCUAUGUGGUGUCCUACACCGCCGACGAGAAUGGAUAUCACGCGGUGGGCGAUCACCUGCCCACCCCACCGCCCACGCCCCCGUCCGUUCUAAGGACUCUGGAGUACCUCAAGCUGCACCCCUACACUCCCCCCGAGAAGCAGCACUGAGGAUCCGCCAAAAACAAAGCACAAAUGUGAUUAGAACCAAAAGAACUGAGAACAAUUAAACAAUACAAUGAUCAA